GUUCUGUGGAGCAAGCCACAUGACGCUCCAGGCCCAGCGACGAUGGGAAAUCCACAUGCCCCUCCCCUGCCAGGGGCGGCCUUAAAGUUGGAACCCCGCGCCUGGGACCUUGACCCCGCUAUGCUCCCAACAAACGGGCCCGGUCUCCUCAACAUCUCGCUGCCGCCAGAUUUCACCCAAAACACCGAAGAACGAAACCGACUCCCAAGCUUCAGCCCAAGCAGAUCGUCACAAUGGUUGCGCAGAGCGAAGCGUUUCAGAAGGCCGUCGUCGACAGCAAGAAGCUGACGUCGAAGCCAAGCAACGAGGACCUCCUCGAGAUCUAUGCGCUGUACAAGAUCGGCACCGGCGAGGACAUCGAGAAGGCGCCGAAGCCCGGCAUGUUCGACCUCAAGGCAGGUGGCCGUCCCCGGCUCUCAUUUCGAGAGAUCGGAUCAUGCAAAGCAGCAGCAAACGGACUGACACACGAGCCGCAGGCCAAGGCCAAGUACAACGCCUGGCGGGCGAAGGUCGACGACGGCAUCUCGGUCGAGGAGGCGCAGGAGAAGUACGUCGCCAAGAUCGAGGAGAUGAAGACCAAGUACGGGUACGACGAGAACAAGGAGCCCGAGGCCGUCGGCGGGCAAUAGGCGGCCGGAGAGACCGACAGACAAAGGUGGCAGGGAGAAGUAAGGUGAAGCAGCAUUGUUAGCAGGCCGGUCUCGCGCGCAAGCAGGCCAUACACCACCAGCAGGGCUAGCUAUCUUGUCACA